AUGGGCGCCGUGGUAUCUUGUUUCGAAUCCAUCUGUCGCACCGUCGGCAACGUGCUGAUGGCCAUCGUGAAUGGCAUCGGGUCCAUCAUUACAGCCAUUGUCAACGGCAUUGUCUCGCUCUUCGACAUCGUUAUCUCCUGCCUCACCUGCGGUCGUACAAGAAGACACAGAACCCAUAGGGCGCAUACGACGAGUCGAGUCUAA